CUGGUGAACGGUUGCGAAUCUUAAAUUCAAUAUGAAAAAGAGACUUAAAUUAUUUGCUGUAUUCCUUUUAAUUGUGCAAAUAUGGACAGUAAACUCACAGCCAACAAAUGGUGAAUUUAGUUCAACUACUAAUUUACCAAGCGAAGAUACAACUAAGUUACCAAAUGAAAAGGAUGGUAAUGCAAGUUCGGAGAAUUAUGAGAAAGUGACAUCAAACAAGGAGCUUCAAUCAACAACCGAAACGAUCCAAACGAAUAACGAUAAUAUCGAAUUUAAAUCAAAUUUAAAAGAUGAGAUAAUCGAGUAUCAAAAAGCUCAGCUAGAAAACAAAUCAAAACUCCUGGAUAUUCAAAUAAAUGAAACCAGUAAAGCUAAGCAGGAAGCAUCCGAUUACAAGCACCAAACUGAACGUGAAAUAAAGAAUCUACAAACAACCAUUAAAAACUAUAAUGCUACAAUUUCAAAAUUGAAGUCAGCAAACAAGCAGAUUAACCUGGAAAAUAAUAAGUUAAUAUCUCAAGCUGCGACGCGAUAUGAUAAAAUAAAAGAGCUCGAAAGUGAACUAUAUAAAACUCAAUUGAAUCACUCGAAUUUGAGCGAUGAAAACUUCAAGAAAUAUCAACGCGACCAAAAAAGUUUAUUAGAAUCGUGUCAAAUGGAUUUGAGUUUUCAAUAUCAUGAGAGCAUUGAUGUUCGCCAUAGCCAUCAUGAAUGUGAAAUCAAGCUUAAAAAUAAAGAUUCUUCGAAUCCGGAGAUAUCGAAUCUGAAGAAAGAAUUAAAUGACUGUCAAUAUUCGUAUGGAGAGAUCAGAUAUGAGCUUAUGAGCAAUGGAUUUACCCUAAGGGACACAACAACUGAGCUGACAAAAUGUAAUUCUUCAUUAAAUGAAGUUACCAACAAACUCAAUUGCUUGCAAGGAGACUCAAGCAAAUGUCUUACAACAACUACGACAACUACGACUACAACAACUACUCCAAGCUCUCGAAUUAAAGUACGUGAAAGGGAAGAAGAUAAAGAUGAUUACUAUGAUUAUAACAUAUAA